ACAACAAGAUAAAUCGUCAUGACUAAGGAAGAAAAAUUUUUUAAGAAAAUAUACUUCGAAAUGAAUAAUAUAUUAUAUGAAAAAUAUGAAGAUUAAUAUUAUUUUAAAUAAAACCAGAACUUUUUCUUUAUAAUGACACCUACACCACAGACCUAUUUGAAUAAAAUUUCUCUUGCCUUUGCAGACGAUUAACUGCAUGGAAAAUAGCAUUCUAACAUCCCUAACUUUUCUUCAUGUGUAAAGACUAUUUUUAAAUAAGUGAUACCGUUCAACUAAUUUAAAUGAGUGAUAACAAUUGAUAUAACAAUACUAAAAUGAACACAUGAAAACUAAUUUUUUCAUAACAAGUUUUCUAUCUGGCAGGGCAGUCAUUUUUUGUACAGCCUUCUUUGAACAAUUUUUUUUGGACUUUUAACGAAUCUAUAGAACUAAUGAAUCCGUUUUUGCUAAAGAAGGAGACGAAUAAAUUUUACAAGAAAUGAAGACGUGGAAAUUGAUGGUGUUAUUAUUGUUUCUAACAUUCAAAUAAAAGAAGAAAAGGGAAAUGGAGUUUUAUAUCGCAACCACCCAUAGUCUAAAAGAGAAAUGUGCUGAUAAUUCGGUUAUUUUCAAUUUUACGCUAAUAUUGCAUAUCACCUUUUUUGUUCUGUUGAUAUUACAGUGAAAAAGAUGCAGGGUAUUCUAUUUAAGAAGAGUACAUUUUCCUCAUUCUUUUUCUAAACCCUACAUCUACUGUUUUUCUGUUUUCACCACCGUAAUCAGUGUUUAAUAAUUCAACCGACUUUGUAUCUCUACUCAAAACAAAGUUACCAAUAAUGAACACUUUAUUUAGGUCGCGGGGUAUAGAAACAUUCUGUUGUAUUGCUGUACAACUGUAAUUAUAUAAAUUAUAAAUAUAGAUUAACUAAAAUAAGUCGUCAAAACAGUUUGACAUUUUUGGGAAGUUACAGCAAGUAUUAUAUGAAUGUUACCUUCUUAAAAUUGUAACAUGAUUUUCUUCCACCGACGGUCAAACUAUUACAAAUAAUGGUCAUUAUUUGCCAAAGUGCAAAUGAUUUUAAGAUUUGUAAGAUGUCGACACUACUAAAUUAAAAAUACCUCCCAGCACUGAUAAACGCUUGUAAAACGGCUUUUUAUUGUUUUAUUGUUUGGUAUAUUGAGGGUAAAUAGCCUUCCGUUUAUGACAGGCCAGAUAUGUGCAUUUAUCGUGUGCUGACCAAUACAAUAUUAAGCCUAUGGAAUACGACUUAAACCACAAUUUUAUCGCGGGAAGAAACAGAGUCCAACUAACUUUAAAUGCAUUUACAGAAGAAUUCAGAAAAUAUUAAAACGAUUUUUCAAAAUUGUUUUUUUUUCGAUUAUCAAUCCGGAAGUUUUUAAGUUUUAUACACAUUCCGAGGUGCUUUUCUUUUUCCGACCGAACUGUUCUCCCUGUAUUUUAUGUCGUACACUCGAUUUUUUUAGUUAGAAGCGGGGCAAAGGUAGGACAAUGCCAAUUUCGUCUAAUUUGAGUAUAUAAGCAGGCUACUAAUCGACAGUAGUUUCAUUUUUAUAUUUAAGAAAAAAUGAAGGCGUUUUUUUGGUUUUUGGUAACUACUGCUCUAGUUAAUCUGGUAUUAACCGGCGUCACUGGAGGAUAUGGUGGAGGCGGUUAUGGCAGCGGCGGAGGACACAAGGGAAAGGGGGGAGGCAAAUCGAUAGGAAGCAAAGGAAAAGGAGGAGGUGUAAAAAUCGUGAAAAUUAUUAUUUCCUCUGGAGGAGGACGAAAAUCUGGCGGAGGUGGAAAAUCUAAAGACGGUGGCAAAGGAGGAUGGUGGUAGUGACACACAAGAUCAUUUCAAAAUAUUUUAUUUGCUACGGCGCUUAGUUACCUAAUUUCAGUUCAAUAAAGUUUAAAAUUAUUUUCGGAAAUAAAUAACAAUUGACGUGUUUUAUUUACCCAUAUAGCAACUAAAAAUAUAAAGGUCCGAUGUCGACAAUACCUUUGAAGUAUUUAAAGCCAAGGCACACUGAACAUGCGCCUGUUGUUAUUUCAAACUAAUCAACUAAUAAGACUUUGCGACGUUGAAUUAUCAACGUACCCGCUGACAUUUCGUCAAUUCGACAGUUUCAGCUUGGAAGUGGCAUUCCUUCGUCAGUAUUUCUCCAAAAAAAAGGUCAUUUUUUUUUUCAUGAAGAAGACGAGAGUUAAGUAUAUUAUCUAAACCUUUUUAGAAUCACGUUUGGCUUUAUCAUUUUCGUUUGGUUGUGAUAGUUUAGGACCGGCUCUGAAGAUUGAUCUUAGUUUCGGUCCCGAUUUAAAUUCACAGUUGAGUUUGAGUUGGUUUUGCUUUUAUUCUGGUUUAUUUUUGAAUAGACCCUGCAAUAAUGCAAGCACUGCCAUUUUACGUAGCUUUAAUCGGGGACCACUGUU